UGUCGUCGGCCGCGGAGUUGUUUAAGUUGCAUUCUGAUAGAAUUAUGACGGCGGUUGUUGAUAGGUUGUGGGAUGGGGAGCAGCGGGUUCGAGACUCGGCGAGGAGGCUGUUGAUUACCCUUAUGGAGGUGAGAGAUAUUAGUGCCAGGCUGGAGCAGAUUCAGAUUCAACCAGCAACUUCCGUCUCUUCCAUCUCUGAAGGACUUAAUACUGAGACGAGCAAGCAAAAACCAUCAGAGAAUUCAAAGGAUAAUGAUAAAGGAAUUGAGCCCCUACUGGAACUGCCGGAAGAUAUUAUCUUUCUACAAAUUCUGCCUAAGUUGAACAGCCUAGAUGUUCUUCCCCUGGUUUUGGUGGCUAGGAGUUGGGCCUCCUUUCUUUUGCAUGAGGGACCCAGACUGAUGUUAUUCAACCCACCUAAAAAUCCUACACCUAAACACACUUCAAUUUUAUUUGAUGUAAGCCCGAUUCCGUACUCUGUUUCAGUUUUGUUAUCCCCAGAGAGCCGCCAACUGUGUCAGUCUAGGUGUAUAAUUGUUCCAAUCUUGAAUUCUGGUAUAAAACAUGCUGUUCCAAUUUUCACUGACUACCCAGAUUUUUUAAAGCAGGGGGAAGUCCCAACUGUAGUGGGAUCUUCCAGUGGUAUUAUAUGCCUCUAUAUCACCAGUUCUCCCUCUAGAUACAUCCUGCUAAACCCCUUAACAAAACAUUAUAAAGAGGUUGGGGCCCCUUAUAUUUUUGUACCAGAUUGUGAGCAAGCUUCUGUAACUUCUGGAUUCUUUUAUGAUGAAUGGACUGAUGACUUAAAGAUCGUACAAUUGUUGAGAUGGGAUCAAAGGCUUACGAGCUUGGAUGCUCCGGGACCCAAAAAGAUACAUGCGCUUCGCGUUUAUUCUGUAAAUUCUGCAAAUUGGGAAGUUGUUGACUUGGGGCCAAUGAAAGUCUCCGAUCGUCUUGGUGGUGUGUUAUUUUUGCCGAAAGCUCUCGUCACAUUUGUAGAUGCGUUUGCUACAGAGCCGGAGAUUAACUUUUGGUUGGAUUUUCGUGAUUGCCGUCUAAAGGCAGUUCCGGAAUUAGAAGGGGCUGAACUCAGUAUGAAAUCGGUUUGGUGGAAUAACCAGGUUGGUGUUAUUGUUGGAACUGACAGCAUUUAUGUCCUUGAUGAGGAGUUUGCAGCCUGGUAUUACUGCACAGUGCUUCCGGACGUGGGAAAUUGUGUAUUCUGUUUAGAUGAGAACAAAAUUGUGGGGAUGGGGGCUGGGGAAAGCGGAAGCGUAAAUGAUUACAAUAUUCUUAAUUCCACAAGCGGCGAAAUCCAACAUAUAAUCUCGUUGCCUUCUUGCAGGGUUUUUCCGUAUGUUCCUACAUUCUACUAUAUCGAGGGAAUGGCUAAUUUUUAGACUUUUGCAAGUCACAAUGUAAUAAAAGAAUGUAAACAGUACAUAGCAGCAAUACCUCUCUAUAGCAUAUAGUUUCAGAUACAACAUGUAUUGUGAUGCCAGCUUGUAGAGUACAAGUAUUAUUCUAGGUGAUUGAUUGUUGAGAAUAAUAGAGGCAACCGGUUGCAUGAUGGUAUCCUUGAAACUUUCAUAAUUACUAAUAUCGAACUCAGAUAGCAUGCAAUUU